AUGAGUGCACCAACAGCAUUGAAAAGGGUAGAAGAACCACAAAACGUACAAGAAGUACAUGACGUACCACCACAAGGAAAUGAAGUGGAAAAUGACGACGAAAUGCUCAUUGAUACAGAAAAUGUACCAUCCCAUGAGCUACAACAACAAGGUAAAGCAGAUGCACAAACUGUUGAACUUGAUGAGCUGGGGAAACCCAAGUUUUCAGGAGAAGCACAGUCCAAUAUGAAAGUCAAGUUAGAAAGCAGAAAAGUACCUGUCCCACCACAUCGUAUGACACCAUUAAAGAAUGUAUGGACCAAGGUAUAUCCCCCAUUGGUUGAUCAUUUGAAACUACAGGUGAGAAUGAAUCUCAAAACGAAAACUGUUGAAUUAAAGACAAACAAAUCUACGACUGACCCUGGCGCUUUACAAAAAGGAGCUGAUUUCGUUAAGGCAUUCACAUUAGGGUUUGAUGUUGAUGACGCAAUAGCGUUGUUGAGGUUGGAUGAUUUGUACAUUGAGACAUUUGAAAUCAAGGAUGUGAAAACAUUGACAGGCGAUCAUUUGAGUAGAGCCAUUGGCCGUAUAGCUGGUAAGGAUGGUAAGACCAAAUUUGCCAUUGAAAACGCUACAAGGACAAGGAUAGUAUUGGCAGACUCCAAGAUUCAUAUAUUGGGAGGAUUUACGCAUAUCAGAAUGGCUAGAGAAGCGGUAGUGUCGUUAAUUUUAGGUUCGCCGCCAGGUAAGGUGUAUGGAAAUUUGAGAACAGUUGCAAGUAGGAUGAAGGAAAGGUAUUAA